AUGCCGCCCACCAGGGAUAUACAGUACGCGCCCCCCGGAUCAUAUCUAGCUCACCAGCACAAUUCAAAACUUCUUCUCUAUUGGAUUUCCCGCACUGCCCAUUCAAUCCUCAAACAUUGCCAUAAGACUCGGCCUGAUUGUCUCCUGCAAUUGUUGGACGAACUCAAAGCUGGUCUACCGGAGCAUGAAGGAUCGAAAGAGCUACAAGCCGAUCCAGCCCGAGCCGGAUUUUUCACCUGGGCCAGACUCGUCGGCUUCUGCAAGUUCAUCGGCGCCCAUAUCGAUUUCGUUCCCCCGUCGAUUGCUGUCCUGUUUCUGCAUGUCAUCAACACAAAACUCGCUGCUUUUACCACAUGGAAGGCACUCACAGCCAGGCUCCCACGUGCCGAGAACACCGCGGAGCUCAAUGCCUUUGGGGCUGAUAUACGCACUUUGUGGAAGGCCUUCAACGCCCUCAGAGGCUUCCGUUCGACGGAAGCGCCCCUUGCAGAUCGAAUUACCUCGUCCAUUUCGAGCGAUGUCAUACCAGGAAGCGAAGAAGAUAUAAAUUCUCUGGUCCCCGACGAAUUCCCCAUCCGCGUCGUGGAAGACCGGACGGAACGUCAGGACAAGUCUAACGCAGAAGUUGAAGCCGAAUUCUACAAGUUCAAAGCGAUUCUCCCACCUGAUGACUUGCCGUUACAUCACUUUGACAUCGGCAUACCUGCCUAUUAUGACGGCAUUCUCAACACCAACGGGAACUUUUCGGGUUUGGCAGUGUACGACCUGUUCAAGGAGUUCGUGCGCCUCAGAAAGUUUCUCAACGAUACCUGGAAAGAGGUCAUCUACGACGGCCUGAACAGCGCCGUGGCCGUCGCAGUUAGCUUUGCGGCCAUCAACCUGGUCAAUAAAUACUAUGUCGACACGACUCCUGAAAGAUUACAUUACAUCAACAUGAUCCGAUAUUUCACGGAUUAUCAAAAUUCGAAGUCCUAUGUUCAACCCUUUCCUGUGUCCGCUUAUCGAGUUCGUCGUGACGGCUCAUGCUCAGAAAAGUUUCAAAGGCAUGUGGAGGUAAAGGAGAUGUUCAUGAUAUACACGUUCGAAUCCAUCGUGGAGUUCAUUUCCCACUUCCACGCCACACAGGACGGAAAGCCCACUGAACGUAUGGCAAAUCUUCUCCAGAACUGGGAUCCCAACAUCGACCUAACGGGGCUUACGGAGGAAGAAUACCUACGGUGGCGUCAUCUUUAUACCAUCAAGCUUCUUUACUCGCUUGAUGAGCUAGCACUUUCUUUGCCCAGUAUCGCCAACCUUGCUAUGGGAAAGACCUCGCCCACCGGUGACUCAAUCAAAUGGAGCAUUGAGCCUACCGAAGUCUUCUUACUGCAGCUCAUGGUGGAUUCUUUUACUGCGUCAAGGGGUUGGCUAUAUGAUCCUAUCCGGGGGCCUAUUUUUGUCCAACCGCCUUCUGCCAAUGUCUUCUUACCUGCGCGUGAUUUGGCGCUGUUCGCGGGAGUCAAGCUUGAUGACUCUGCCAACGAAGUCGCUGAAGGGAUCCCGCAGCUUGAGAUCCCGCAGCAUUACCUAGGGAAGGCGUUUGAAGUUUGCUUUGCUGCGAAAGAGUUUCAAUCGGGAAAACACAACCAAGGCACGGGCAAAACAUUCUUGUGUGGUUGCUCGCCGAACUAUUGCGCUGAAAUUUACGUGCAGGCCCUGUGGGAGUCCCAUUCUAUCAACGUUUGGACCUACUCUAUCAACGAUGUCUCCUACCUUGGUUUCUACCGCGAGCCUGUACUCCUGGUACAUUUGCACAAUAUGUUAGUUCGUGAAGGAUACUUGAUGCAGUCUUCUCGGUCAAUUACCUUCUUGGAGACAUAUUUUGACUCCUUAUUGUCUAAGGAGGCGAAGACACUACAAGACAGUGGACACUACGAGCAGGCUUUAUCCAAUGCCUUACAGAGCCUUCACAACCCACUUCCGCUUUCAACGUUUGAACGUCUGGUCAAGGAAGGCUACAGAACCGAGCAACUCGGAUGCUUAGCAAAUCUGCAGAGACUUAUGGUGGACAUUACCGAGAACAAGAAGAGACGGGUCGUCCAGGUCAAAGGGCAGGGCUCAAGCAAUGAUGUUGAAUAUAUCAUCAAAGGGAGUCGAGGCCGCGCAAAGGCAGUUAUGGAUGGAAUACAGGCCGUCGGUUUCGAGCUGAAAGAACUGGUGCCCGGAACGAUGCUCGAAGGACCGGGUAACAGCAAGAUUAUGGUGAGCCUCCGGGAUGUUCUGGAACUGCUCAAGGCCGAUGUCACCCUUGGCCUACAUGGCAGUCGAUGCCCUGACGCUAUGGACCGCUUAUGGAUUACUAGCCGGGCGAACCGUGUGCUGGAGCACAUUGAAGGAGAACUGGCCGCUGCGAGGGACCCGUUGUUCCUUAAAAUAUAUGGAGACCCGCCCGCAAAGGAGGAUGAAAACGCAAAGGAGAGUGGAGGUGGUGGAAAUGAAGCAGGAGGAGUGAAAACCUUGGCAGGCAUGCGUCAGGAAUUAGUGCUCCGUCUUUUAUCACGAAGACUGGAUGUGCCUGGGACGAAAAAGGCGAUAGAGGUUGCCGCCAAGGCGUUUGAUGAUGAGGAGCUUGUUGAGUUUCAGUGCUUAUACAAGGGUUUCCAAGGGGAUUCUGGAAGGAUUAGCGAUGAGAUGAUCAGAAAGCGUCUGGAGAAGGGGCUGGCAAAGGCAUCAUGUCCAGUCAUGUAA